AUGUUCACCCCAAAGUUGGAUAAGCCCUAGUUGUUCCUUAGAGUAGUAUUUGAACAUUAUCCACAUUGUCAUUUGACUCCUGUGAAAACAUCCUUGUUUUCAGAUGGAACCCACGAGGCAGGUCGCGCGCCACACGACGGCCAUUGGUGCCUCAGGAUCACCUGCUGUGUUGGUUGAGAUGAUGACCUAUCUGGGUUAUCGCUGGCACCCUGAGUACACCGUCUAUGAGGAGUAUCAGGACUUCAACCAAGAGCAGUACCGUGCCAUCGUCCACCUCUACUCUCGGGAGUAUGACUCCACUACUGUGCUGCACACUGCUCAUGGUGUUGGAGUGACUAUCGAUAUGGCGGUCCAUGAUGCUGCUUAUGCUGCUCUGACACGUCUUCGUGGUGAGUAUCAGGAGUUGGACACCUCCCCCUUCAGGCACAUUGCUAUCGCAUCCGAUGUUGGUGCGGAGGGAUACUACACUGCUGCCUACUCCACUGUCACCCGAGAGCCCUUCUACCAUCAGAACCUGGUUCUGCAUGCUGAUGGGCUGGAUAGAGCUAACCGAGCUCUUCGCCACGAGUUGUACACCACCCGUCAGCGCCUGUAUCAUGCUCUGACGCUGUUGCACCCCUCUGUCCGCUCUGGUGAUCUAUCGCGUUCUGUGAUCUACCCUGCCCAGACCGUGAUGCCCCAGGGCGUCGGCUGGCCAGAUGUGGGAGGCUACUCUCCUGCAUUGGGUCCUCUCCUGCCACCCGCGCAUUGGGUUCCGCACCAGAGUAUCCGCGGACCCCAGGCUACUCGCGUGGAGGUCUUCCCUUCGCGUCACUACCAGCUAUCGGGCUACACCUACCUCCGCAGUACCGCAUGGGACUGACGUAGACUUGCUUAUUAGUGUUAGCUGCAUUUGCCGCGAGCCUGUGUGCCGCCUAUGAUGUCUUAGCCUAUGUGCUGAACACUGUGUAACGAACUCUAUGCAUGAUCUCCUUUGUAAGAUAUGCCGACUACUAUGUAGUAUCUAUCGUGCUGCUUUCGUUGUGCAUGUUUCAUCAUGAAUGAUUCUUGUUUUUGCAAAUUUCUCAAUGCUGAACUACCCCUAUUAAAUAUUAGCAGGAUGGUUAGACCAGGAGGUCGUGGUCGUGGUCGUGGUGGCAACGCCCCACCACCGCCUGAGUACAUGGCUGGGAUGAUGCAACAGUUUGAGCUGAAUCGUCAGUUCAUGGAGAAUAUUAUGGCUUAGUUUCCUCGCCCCAAUAUGAACCAGCAGCCAACCCAAGUGACUCUGCAAGAUUUCAUGCGCCUCAACCCAACCGUGUACCGCAGCUCAACUCAGCCUCUGGAUGCUGAUGACUGGCUCUAUGACAUCACCUAUGAGAUGGAGUCUGCUGAUGUAGCCCCUGCCAGCUAUGUCACCUUUGCUUCCUUCUUCCUGAAAGGACCCGCGGCUCAAUGGUGGGACAGCCACAGGCGUACUCUGCCAGCUGGAACAAUCAUCACCUGGCCAGACUUCCAAGCUGCCUUCCGUGCUCGCUUCAUUCCUCAGGGAGUCAUGGACCGGAAGAAGCGUGAGUUCCGCAACCUCACCCAAGGCAACAAAACUGUGGAAGCUUACCAGCGGGAGUUUCUUGACUUGUCCCGCUAUGCUGAAGAAGACAUUUCAACUGAUGCACGCAGACAGGAGAAGUUCCGUGAUGGCCUUCAAGCUGACAUCAAGCUCGCACUUCUAGUGCAUGACUUUGCUGAUUUUGCCACUCUGGUGAACAAGGCCAUCAAUGUCGAAACUGAUCUGCAGGAAUACCAGGGCUCUCACAAGCGCAACCGUGACACGGGCUCAUCUUCGGGCCCGUCUUCGCAGAAGCGUAAGAUAUGGAUUUCCAACAAUAUGUACCAGCCAAAUGCACCUGCCCCAAGGCAGACCUAUGCUGCACCUCGUCUGCCUGCUCCUCCAGCUAGGCAGCCAAGAUUUCCAGCUCCACCACCACAACCUCCUGUUCCCACUCUCAAUAAUGGUCUCUGCUACAAGUGUGGUCAGCCAGGUCACCGUGCUAGGGAUUGCAAUCAGAACCAGAAUCAACUGGCCCUCCCCACAGCUGGCCGUGGAAGCAACCAGCCUCGCAACAACAGUGCCAAGUCUUAUGGUCGUGUUCAUGCCGGCCAUGUUGAUCUCAAUGAAGUUCUAGACUAGCCUGCUACCGUGAUGGGUACACUCCUCGUAAAUUCAAUACCAGCAUCUGUUUUAUUUGAUACGGGAGCAUCACAUUCAUUCAUAUCAGCCGAGUUUGCAUUCAUGCAUGGCAUUAAAUACGAAGAGAUGAACACUGCGAUUGUGGUACACACUCCUGCGGGCCAGUGUCAAACCUCUAUGGUUAGUCACGAUGUUCCCAUUGAAAUUGAAGGACUGGAAUUCCUUGCCUCUCCCAUCGUACUGAAGUCCUGUAGCAUCGACCUCAUUCCGGGAAUGGAUUGGUUGAAAGCGCAUACUGCUUCUAUAGUUUGCGCCACUAAGGUCGUCCAUCUGCUACACCCUACUGAUGAAAUAAUUGCUUACCAAGCUCAUCUAGUUCAGAACGCUGAGGCAUGUCUUUAUGCCUUGAAUGCAUUGAACGCUGCACCACUCGAGGGCAUUGAAAACAUUCCCGUCGUUCAUGAAUUCCAAGAUGUCUUCCCAGAAGAACUUCCGGGGAUUCCCCCUGCUAGAGCUGUCGAAUUCAUCAUCGACUUGAAACUCGGCACUACCCCUAUAGCUAAACGACCCUACAAGAUGCCGCUGCAUGAACUCUUUGAGCUUAAGGAGGAAAUCGACAAAUCUCUUGUCAAAGGUUUCAUUCGCCCAAGUUGCUCUCCUUGGGGAGCACCUUCUCUCUUCGUUAAGAAGAAGGAUGGGACAAACCUAUUAGUCCAAGACUACCGUCCUAUAAACCAAGCUACCAUUCAGAAUAAAUAUCCUCUUCCUCGAAUCAAUGAUCUUUAUGAUCAACUGGCUGGCUCAUCAGUGUUCUCCAAACUUGACUUAAGGUUGGGUUACCACCAGAUCCGUGUUCGUGAAGAGGACAUCCCAAAAACCGCCUUCGUGACUCGGUAUGGAUCAUACGAGUACACCGUCAUGUCAUUCGGCUUAACGAAUGCUCCAGCCACCUUCUCUCGUCUGAUGAAUUAUAUAUUCAUGGAUUACCUCGACAAGUUCGUCAUGGUUUAUUUGGACGAUAUCCUUGUAUUUUCCAAGAACAAGGAAGAACAUGCUGAACAUCUUCGUCUUGUGCUGGAAAAGCUUCGGGAGCAUCAGUUGUAUGCUAAGUAUUCCAAGUGUGAAUUCUGGCUCCCCGAAGUAACCUAUCUUGGGCAUGUCAUCUCCAAAGAUGGUAUUGCCGUCAACCCUGAACGAUUUCAGGCUAUUCUCGAUUGGACUCCUCCGAAGAAUGUGAAGCAAGUCCGAAGUUUCCUCGGUCUCGCCAGCUAUUGUCAUCGAUUCGUCGAGAACUUCUCCAAGAUUGCCAGGCCCCUGACUAAUCUAUUGCAUAAGGGUGUCAAGUUUGACUGGACAGACAAGUGUCAGGAAAGUUUCCAGGCGCUCAAAGACAAGUUGACUUCUGCCCCCGUGCUUGCACCACCUGAUACUAAGAAGGACUUCAUCAUUUACUAUGACGCUUCCCGUCAAGGAUUAGGCUGUGUCCUAAUGCAGGAGCGCAUAGUGGUUGCUUAUGCCUCUCGUCAACUGCGCCCUCAUGAAGAAAACUACCCAGU